AUGCCUAUGAAAGCCUGUCAAAGCCAACAUGGCAGGUUCUCUUACCUCUCGAGACUCAUAUCAGCUUCUGCAAACAUUUUGCUUCCUCCUUAUCCACACAACGCAGCAAACAAGAUCCUGGACUAUUGUUUAAAGAAGACCACACAGGAGGAAGAAUCAUCAUCCAAGUCUCCAAGCCCUCCUCAGACCCUUUCUCAUUUGACGUGGGCAAUGAAUCGUACGUUAAAUGCCAAACGGCUGGUAGCACUUGACCACUACCCUCGAGAGUAUCGUCGAGCUCUCAGAAACGCCGUUAGCCAGGAGCAGCUUACAGCAUACUGCAAAAAGACGAUUCCACUAUUUGUCUUCGGGCCUCUCAUGUUGCCGUCUUUCCUGAAGAGUAUGACAGACGCAGACGCACAUCUGGAUCAGGCCCAGCAUAUGACCCAAGCGAGUCUCCUAGGCCACAAGCUGUACUUGUUUGAAGGAAGCGAGCUUCCCCUGGUCAUGCCCUCAAGUGACUCAGGGGACUAUGUGGACGGAAUGCUAGUGUUCAAUCUCUCAACCGAACGGCGAGGUUGGAUACACGAGCUCGAAGCGUCGAACGAAGUAGAGCUGAGGAAUUUGAGGGUGGAAAUUGUGCUGGAGGACGGGAAUCUGACUGCCCUGGAUGCAGCAGCCUUUGUCUGGACUAGGAGAGAAGAUAUCGGUAUCAUCCCUGCUCCAUCGACUCAGUGGAGGAUCGAUGAGUUUCUUGCAAGCCCCUGGUAUAAGAAGACCACAACCGGAUAUGAAUCUUGCUAG